UGUCAUGGUAAAUACGAUGCGUACGGUUUUUACGGGAAAUAAGUGUGCACAAAAUUAAAAUGAAUUGAUCAUUAAUUUCGCUGCGUGGAAGGUACAUAACAUUAUUUUGAAUAAUGGCUGCGAAUGAGGGAGUAAGCUUAGGCUUCAAGAUCUACAUCUUGUUAGUCCUGACCCUCAAUGCCACUGGUUACAUCUUACUCAUCCGUUACACCCGCUCCCAGUCUGGGCCGCUGUACUCCUCCACCACCACCGUCCUCCUCACUGAGAUCUCCAAGCUUCUCAUCAGCUUGCUCCUGCUGAUCAAGGAGCAUCGCAGCGUCUUGGGGAUGUGCAAAGAUGUGUGGAACAACGUCAUCACCAACCCGCGGGACAGCUUCAAGAUGUGCGUGCCGUCCAUCAUCUACGCUAUACAGAACAACCUCGCGUUUGUGGCGCUGUCCAACUUGGACGCGGCUACGUACCAGGUUUCAUAUCAGAUGAAGGUGAUCACGACGGCCAUCUUCAUGGUGAUCAUGCUGAAUAAGAGUCUGUCUAGGACCCAGUGGGUGGCCAUCGUGCUGCUCUUCCUGGGUGUCGCCAUGGUGCAGGUGGAGUCUGCUAGCAGUAAUAAGAGCACCGACAUCCAUUAUAAUUAUCCUGUGGGUGUGGUCUGCAUCCUCAUCUCAUGCUUAUGCUCGGGGUUUGCCGGUGUGUAUUUUGAGAAAGUAUUAAAAGGGACUGAUACGUCAUUGUGGAUACGCAAUGUGCAGAUGUACUUAUUCGGUAUCGUCAGUGGGAUCGUAGCCGUCUUUUCCAAGGAUGGAGAAGUCAUCUUAGAACAGGGUUUCCUCCAUGGUUAUAAUUAUCUUGUCUGGAUAAUAGUAGCUAUGGCAAGCAUAGGUGGUCUGUACACCUCAAUCGUUGUUAAAUACACAGACAACAUCAUCAAGGGUUUCUCCACAGCUGUCUCGAUCAUCCUGGCCGCCGUGGGCUCCUUCCUCCUAUUCCAGAAAACCUUUGGGUUAAUAUUCCUCCUCGGCACUGGUCUAGUUAUAUCAGCCGUUUACUUGUAUAGUUUACCCAAACCAGCCCCGGCCAAAUUAGCAUCUCAGCCUAAAGAACCUGUAUAAACUUUUGUGCAAUAUUAUUUAGGGGUUUGCAUACCAUGACAUUAUUCGCUGGUUUGUAAAUACAAUGUGAAUAAUGGUGGCUCAUUACCAGGGCCUAAUGUCAUAGAGCUGCUUAGCAGCAGACUUUCUGCUUACUGUGUGAUUUCUAUUUCACACAAAAAGGGCAUGCUAACCUUCCAAAGCUUACGGCGCUGAAAUGAGUGAGAUCACAGUGCAAAUCCAUGGUGAAUGAGCAAGAUGGAUAUUAAUUUUCUUGCUAACCUGUGAAAUAUGUUAACACUGUAGCAAAUUUGUCUGUAAGCACAAAAAUUUGCUUACCGUGAAGCAGCACUAUGAUAUUGGGUCCAGGAAACCCUCUAUUAAACAACCAAACUAUCCUAAUUGGGGUCUAUUUCAACCCUGAAUGAAGACCUCAUCUUCGAAUGAGGAUAUACAUAUAUCUGUUCCCAAUUGGACAACUAAACUAUCCUAAUUGGGGUCUAUUUCUACCCUGAAUGAAGACCUCAUCUUCGAAUGAGGAUAUACAUAUAUUUGUUCCCAAUUGGACAACUAAACUAUCCUAAUUGGGGUCUAUUUCUAUCCUGAAUGGAGACCUCAUCUCCGAAUGAGGGUAUUAUUGUUCCCUAUUGGACAACCAAACUAUCCUAAUUGGGGUCUAUUUCUAUCCUGAAUGGAGACCUCAUCUUCGAAUGAGGAUAUACAUGUAUUUGUUCCCAAUUGGACAACUAAACUAUCCUAAUUGGGGUUUAUUUCUACCGUGAAUGGAGACCUCAUCUCCGAAUGAGGGUAUUAUUGCUCCCAAUCAGACAAACAAACUAUCCUAAAUGGGGUCUAUUUCUACCCUGAUUGGAUUUGAUAUUAGCAUCUACUGUGCACAAAACAUGUUCAGUUUAAACAUUUUGCAGUAAAAAAUUGCUGGACAAAAUCUUUUCCUGAAUUGACGAUGUGGUGCAUGAUAUUACUUGUUUAGUAUUUAUUCAUUAAAUCCAUGACAGUGUGAGGGCGCCCUUUAACUUGUCUGCAGCCUUUGAGGUCCUGAAAUAAUAAUAGUGGCUCUUAUAUAGCGCGCAUAUCCACACUCAGAGACACUCAAGGCGCUUUAACUUACAACGUAUUCCUGCAAGGUAUGUGGGACUGCGUUGACUUGUUCCUUUUACAUAGCAGCAUGUAAUGGUUUACAAGAGGCUGUAGCGCAAUAUGCUGCCAAUCAAACCAGCAACAUUUGUGUUUUUCAUACUUUUAAGCAAAAUUUAUAGUGAAAAGUACUUUAUGUGAAGAGGGAACUCAAUUGUGAAAGUAAUUUUGUCUCUUUUGUUUCAGAGAAACAAACACUUUGAACAGUACAUUACUUCGUGCAUAAAACUUAAGUACGUGCACAAGAGAGAAACUUUCAAACUGAUAUUUUGCUAAGUACACAGGAGUCCGACAAAGUCAGUUUUCAGGUGAGGGUUUGCGGUUAGCACCCUGGGUAAAUCCUGAGUAAGGUUUUCAGAAACCAGAAACCGACACUACUUAAAAGAGAUAUUUACUCAUGAUGCUACUGCAAACCUCACCCGAUUGUACUCCCACAAUGCUUAGUUUCAAAUCCUAUGUCAGUUUUGUUUUUAGGGUUUUAAGAUAUUGUCAACAGUUGUUUGUAUUUGUUUGUAGGUUGAACGUUAUUUUGAAGGUGACCUGUGUUUCUAAAUGAUUUUUGAUGUUUCAAUCCAUCGAGAGACAAUGACUUGGCAGUAGUGUGUGCUUAAAAAUUAUCCACCAAAUUUUCCUUUUCCUAAAAAUGUGACAACCUAAAUAGUUUAUAUGAUCAAUUAGAUUAUAAUAAAUGUCUCUUAACAAAUUAUAUGACUUGCUUUUGUUUUAAAUUUUAUUUGCUAAGCUGUUUUUCUUAAAGAGAAAAGUUUUGUUCCUGUUUUACUAGAGAAUGCGUAGUUUCAGUUGUGUUGUACUCUUUUUUUAAUGGUGUCAUUAUUACGUUGCUAUUUUAGUUAGACUAUACUGGCUACUAAGCUAGAAAAUACUCUAAAGACGUUUGAAAUGUACAUGUCUUAUGAGAACCAAAUGUUAUGCUAAGCGAUAAAAAAAGUGAGAGUCUGGACUCCAUCCAAAUUUGAGUUUGGAAAUGAACUUACCAUUUGGUGCUUAAUUGUCUUGACUCAAAAUCAAUUCAUUUUUAUUUUAUUUUUUUAUUUUAAUCCACCUCAAUAGGUAGAAACAUCCAUGAAGGUAGAUUCAUUGUAGGUUUUUGUCAACCUUGUGCUUUUUUAUCAGCAAAAUUAUUAAGAAAGACACAGUAAAAGUCACAUGUGAAAGUUUCAGCUGAGAAGGGUCUACUUGCUGAGAAAACAGCACAAAGCUUUCAUGGUACAUGUAUUUCCACAAGGUUUCCAAAUCUAUCCACUUCAAGUGAGGUGACUGCGGGUACCAAUCUCAUAUCUGGCCCUAGCAUAAUCAAACGGACACCCAUAGAAUUCUCAGACUCGAGGAUUUUGGGGUAGACAAAUUAUCUAAACCAUAUUACCUCAGAGGGAAACCUUUCGCAAAAUAGUUCAUACUAUCUACAGCGGUACCAUCUACAGCUCCACCACCACAGUUUACAAUUAAAUGUAUGGUUAACCAAUCUAUGACCCUAUCUUCAGGUGAAAUUUUGCUAAAGUUCUUCUCUCAAAACUUAUUUGCUAGGAAGUGUGCCAACAAUUAUUGAGUUCAUUGUCAUUAAAAUACUUUAAAAAAUGAAAGUUAUAACUUAUUUGCCAAACUGUUUUAUUUUUAAUAAUUUGUAUGUCUUUAAAAUGACACCUACAAAAUUAGAGAACAUAGAUAGUUCCCACCUAACAUCACAUAGUGUAAAGUCUACCAUCUCCAAGGCAUCGUUGCAUCAUCUUUGGAAGCACAAUUAUGACUUAAGUAUAAAGACAGGGUGUGGCAUGCAGGAGGCUUGUUACAUUUUGGUUGGCAGACAGACGAACUUUACAUAAUAUAUAUUUUGGCUUGGCUCAUGACAAGAUUGAUGUCUGACAUGUCUGAAACCAAGGCGCUCCAGAGUCGUUCCUAACGACAGUCGCUUUUUUGACUUCCAGCAUGUCAAGUCGCUCCCAACUAUUUCAGAUGUCAAACUUUGUAGUACUUAAUUCAAUAGUUUGGUUUGGUGCGACUUUAGCAUUAUUGGUCGGUGAACCACUUGGUUGGGUAGAAAAAAAAUUAGAACGCUUGCACAGCUCAAAGCCAAAACCUAAAUUGUCUGUAAAAACAAAUGUAUUUAAGGAGCUGCCUAUAGGUCAGAAUUUUUUGAAUUGCAUUGCUUUGUUAAAGUGUUUACUUUUUUUUUUCCCAAGAAAUUUUAAUCGCACUUGGAUGUUUCACUGUUAUUUAAAAACCAACUCCCUAAUUUUAAAUAAAUGGUUCUCACAAAUGAUGUUUUUAGUUUGUGCAACAUUUUAUCUUACUUUUACUGUGUUUGCCGCGUACAACUUGUUUCUCUUAAAUAACAAUAAAUUAUCUUUCACCAAACUA